AUGCCACGUUCAAGAGGAGGUUCCGCAAGAAGACCAGCUCCUGGCCAAAGACGUAGUGCCUCUACUAUGGCAGCUGCUCCACCACCAGCAGCCCAUGCUCCUUCUCCAUCUCAGGCAGCUGCACCAGCCCCAAAUGUCUACAGCGCUCCACAAGCACAACAAGUUCAAGGUAAACAACCAGGUUUGUUUGCACAAAUGGCCAGUACUGCAGCCGGUGUUGCUGUAGGUAGUGCUGUUGGUCAUACUAUCGGUACCGGGUUGACCGGUAUGUUUGGUGGUUCCAAAGAAAGUGCUCCACCAGCUGAAGCUCAAGCUGCUGCUGCUCCAGCUACUAUUUCUCAAACUCAGAAUCAAACUCAACCUGGAGCUUGUGAAGUUGAUGCCAGAAACUUUACUAGAUGUUUAGAUGAAAACAGUGGUAAUUUCCAAAUAUGUGAUUACUAUUUACAACAAUUAAAAGCAUGUCAAGAAGCUUCCCGUCAAUUUACUAGUAACAUUUGA